AUGUUUGGCAAGAACUAUGGGGCCAUAUCAUGCGAGUCAUGCAAAUGUUUAUUUCGUAGAAAUGCCCACAAAUACGAGACAUUGAACUGUAUUUAUGACAACAACUGUGCGAUAGAUGUGUUGAGUCGUAAGUAUUGCCGCAAAUGUCGUCUCCGGAAGUGUUUUGCGGUCGGAAUGAGAAGAGAGAGGAUAUGGACUGAAGACGAGAGGGCUUUGAGAUCAAGUCUUAUACACGAAAACAGAGUAAUAAAACAAAUGUCAUCAAAAACACAGAAUGUGGUCAAUUCAAACAUCAAUAUUGCUAAUUACAAUAUGGUCAGUAUUGAGUCUAAUGAUCAUGAUAAUUCUAUCAAUAUGGAUAACCAAAUUUGCCCAACUAUUGGCCGGCCUUUUAAUACAAACAACUCAUUUUUCAAUGAUAUGGAGACCAAGAGAUUGAUUAAAUGGUUUAAAGCGGUUCACAGCUAUUCGUUGCCAACGAUUACAUCCGACUAUCAAUUGGAUGUAAUCAACAAAUUCAGCAAAAAUACUCUCUCACAGACUGUCGGCCGACAAUUGAUGGCCAUAUUUUUGGAGCGACUUCUCAUGAAAAAUGUAAAAGUUGCCAAAAGUAUUGAUGCAUUUGUGUGUCUACCUGAGCAUGAUCAAAUAUUGCUUAUUAAAUAUGGUAGCAUUGAAUUAUGUAUGUUAUUAAAGGCGCUGUACUUUGAAAAUAACAUUAAUUAUCAUUCAGUUCACGGAGAGUAUACACACAGUAGUGUCUCAAACAAUACUACAUUGUAUCAGACGUUGAGAAACAUUUAUAAUGGUAAACAUAGUAUAUUAGAUGGUAUAAUGGAUAAUGUUUGGGAACAUGACUGCACAGUGUCUACACUAAUGUCCGCUAUAAUUAUAUUUAACCCGAAUCGUCCGCAUCUGAUCCAUAGGGAUGUGAUUGAGUUUCAACAACACGUUUACAAACAUUUGCUUCAAAAGUAUCUCCACUUUAAAUACCAAUCGAAAUACGAGUCGAGCCAUAAGUUUCAGAAACUAAUAAAUUUUUGUGGCGACAAAGCGAGAGGCAAAAACUUUAACGCGAUUUCAUGCGAAUCGUGCAAAAAAUUAUUUCGUAGAAAUGCCCACAAAUACGAGUCAUUGAACUGUAUUUAUGACAACAACUGUACAAUAGAUGUGUUGAGCCGUAAGUAUUGCCGCAAAUGUCGUCUCCGGAAGUGUUUUGCGGUCGGAAUGAGAAGAGAGAGGAUAUGGACUGAAGACGAGACGAGUUUGAGAUCAAGUCUUAUACAGGAAAACAGAUUAAAGAGAAAAAUGGCAUCAGAUCUAAAAAAUAUUACAAUUAAGGCAAAUGUUAAUAAGUAUAUUUACAAUAUGGUUCGCAUUAAACGUAAUGACCAUGAUCAUAAUAUUGUAACGGGCCCCCAGCGGGCCCUCCUGUGGGUCACCGGGAUGAAAUCAAACAAUUUAUUGAAAGCCAACGAAAACCAUACAACAGGAGCCCACGAGUGCCACCAGCGAUCUGAGGAGAGAUGGGUUGAGCGCCGCAUCUCUCCUCUCUGUGUUGUGACGUCUCUCCAUUCUCAUCACCAUAUAUGGUAUGGAAUGCGAGAAUACGUCACAACACAGCAACACUCAGUUGCAAUAUGUAUGCUGAAGGCCGGAACGUUAUCGGGAUAA